AUGGGCGUGCCCACGGGCGUGCCCACGGGCAUGCCCAUGGAUAAAGACACUUAUAGCCAAUCAGCUUAUAACAUAUACCAACAGACUUCUAUCUCACUGAUAGAGUCCGAGUUCACUCAACCGGCUAUUCUUAAUUACUCUCUCAAACGCGUCGGCCCCGAUCGGAGAAAGCAGUUUAUCCUCUACGACGCGAUAAACACCGCGUCUAAAGUAAAGUUUAUCGAGUGGUGGCGUACCACAGCUACGAUGGGAUGCAAAACACAUAUCAGAUAUCUGGGAGAACUUCGACUAGGUAGCACAUCAUAUUACAGGCGAACCUUUAGUCAUGUGUCGGACGUGUGGGGUUACAUUGCCUCAUCUAAGUACAAAGCAAAGCGGCACCAAUACACUUAA